AUGACGGAGAAAGUGACGUCGAAACGGCAGCAGGUGCUAAAGCGGUUGAGGGAUAACAUCAGCCGAGGGGUGGCGAUUGUGGGCGGAGGUGCAGGGGUUGGGCUAAGUGCAAAGAUACAAGAGGCGGGAGGAAUUGACCUCAUUAUCCUAUACAACUCGGGUCGUUAUCGGAUGGCUGGCCGAGGGUCCUUGGCAGGCCUGAUGCCUUACGGCGACGCGAAUGCCAUCAUGCUAGAAAUGGCCCGUGAGACUCUGACCAUCGUGAAAGAUACGGCAGUCUUAGCAGGGAUAUGCGGAACGGACCCAUUUCGGGAUAUGCCACAGCUGCUGAAGGAAGUCAAAGACCUGGGCUUUACCGGAGUCCAGAACUUCCCUACAGUUGGCCUCAUUGAUGGUGUAUUUCGACAGAACCUGGAGGAAACAGGAAUGAGUUAUGAGAAGGAGGUUGAAAUGAUCCGAAUGGCACACGAACUCGAUCUGCUGACGACACCAUACGUCUUCAACGUGGACGAGGCCGAACGAAUGGCGAGGGCGGGAGCUGAUGUCAUCGUAGCUCAUAUGGGCCUCACGACGAGCGGAACUAUUGGUGCCAAAACUGCGUUGGCCCUCGAUGAUUGCGUGGUCCGGAUCAAGAGGAUUCUGGACGCAGCUGUGAAGAUCAAACCAGAAAUCAUAGUUCUUUGCCACGGCGGUCCUAUUGCCACCCCACCAGACGCAAAAUAUGUCAUUGAAAGGGUUCCCGGCAUUCAUGGCUUCUUUGGUGCUAGUUCGCUCGAGCGGCUGCCAGUCGAGUCCGCCAUGAAGGAAGUUGCUCGGGAAUUUAAAGCAAUCGGUUUACCUUCCCGUCUGCACACGAUGACCGUGUUAUAGAUACGCUAGACCGUUGUCAAACUAUUGAGGUGGCUGGCCGCUGCUGACAGGGGACGCCUGCAGUAGCACUGGCACUAAUAGAUAUUGAAUUUGGCUGAGAAAUGGUCCAGCGCUGACAUGGCUUGUGAAAUCAACAAGGUAA